UUAUUAUCACCAUAUUAAAAUAAAGUAAUAGUAUAAAAUUCUUAAGGUACUCUUUUAGGGCAUCUCCAAUCUCACUAUAUUUUUUCCUCUAAAAUAGAGUUUAGAGUAAAAAUAGUCUAAUGAUACUUUAUUUUCGAUUCUAUAAUAGUGUAAACCUACUUUUUACUCUAUAUAUAGAGUAAUUUUUUUACUUUUUGUUCAUCGCUCUAUUUUUCACUCUAAAAUAGAGUAUCAUUGGAGCAACAUCCAACUCUAUUAUAGAGUUACUCUAUUUUAGAGAAAAAUUAGAAUAAACCAUUGGAGAUGAUCUUAAAGAGACUAUACGGAAAUGAUUCUAUCAUCUAUACAUAUUUAUCAUUAAAAUUUUGAGGAUUCGAGACUAGUAUUUUUUUUGUCCAUGAUUAAUUAUGCUAUUACAAAAUAUGAAAAAUAUUACAAGACGAUUCUACAGCCGGUAAUUCUACUUGUCUUAUGAGAAUUCACACCUGACUGCAUCACCAUGAGUCGUCUUAUGAGAUCCAUGCCUGAUAGUACUUCUUGUGCUAUGCCGAAGAUCUCCUGUAUGUUUUUCUCCAUAAAUCUGCAUAAUUCAUCUUUGUUGGGAUUCGAAACCCAGACCUUCUGGUAUAAAGCACUAAUGAACUUUUACUUGAACCAUGGACUAAAAAAGAAGCUUUCACAGACUAGUGUUUAAUCUCGACCGUCCAGUGACAAAAUAUAUUUUUAGGAGAUGUGUCAAUAUCCAUUUAAAAAAAAUCUAUUCAAGAAAAAAACUGAGGAACUGUUACAAAAAUUAGGUUAUCGACUCUUAUAAUAUAUGUUAAUUAAUGAAACUAAAUCCUUCUAAAAUUUUCGGCCCUCGAACCGGCUCAGGGGUGUGUCGCUUUUGAUCCAUGCAUACAAAAUUAACAUUGAUGUAUAAAUCUUAUUAGAUGUUGGGCUUACUAUUGGGCCUUUGCAUCAUUAAAACGUCGGUUAGAAAUAAAAAAAAACCUAAAUCGUUCGAUCCAAACCGUUGAUAACUCCUUUUCAUCUCAGCCGUUAGAUUCGGUCAUCAAGUUUAUCAAAAUUCAAUUUUUUCAAAAGAGACGAAGAAGAAGCAGACGAACACAGAGGAGGAAGAAGACGAGCUCUCCAGCUGAAAGCAGCAGUGAAAUCUCUCUCUCUCUCUCCAUUGAAUUUUUCACUAUGGAUAACUCCGAUCAGGACUUAGGCUCUCCGCGAAACCAAUUGGCGCGUCGAUUGGAUUUCUCCGUCUCGGCGGCGGCGGCGGAGAUGGAAUCUUCUCUUCUCGAUUCGAAUUAUUCGCGGGAAGAUCAUAAAGAAGAAGACUUGCUGCCUCCUCCGCCUCCGUCUGGUUCCGAGGAGCAAGUGCUGAAACCGCCGGUUAGAUCGGAACUCACCACGCCGCCGCAGAAACCUCCUCCGCUUAAUGGGUUUGAUCAUAAGUCCGCCAAGUGUCGAGUGAGCAAGCAAGAGCCUUUAACACCACGAGGGCACACGGAAGCUGCAUCCAAUGAGGGCACUCCACGUAAACAGAAGCAUUGCAACUGUAAAAAUUCAAAAUGCUUGAAGCUGUAUUGUGAGUGCUUUGCGUCGGGGUCGUAUUGCAAUGGCUGCAACUGUUUGAAUUGUCACAACAAUUUGGAGAACGAGAGCGCAAGACAAGAAGCCAUCAAGGGGACGUUGGAGCGUAAUCCGGAUGCCUUCAAGCCCAAGAUUGCUGGUAGUCCUCUUGGAACCGAAGAUUUGCAGGAAGAUAUGCGUCACCAACAACUGAUUCUGGGAAAGCACAGCAAAGGAUGCCACUGCAAGAAAUCAGGAUGCCUCAAGAAGUACUGCGAGUGUUUCCAGGCCAAUGUCCUAUGUUCAGAGAAUUGUAGAUGCCAAGAUUGCAAGAACUUUGAAGGUAGCGUAGAGAGAAACACCCUUCUUCAUGGACCAGAAACCUACAUACAACAACAGACGGUUCACAUUAAUCCUCUUGAAUCAAGAAAGAGAAAGAGCAAGGAAGCUUCACAUUCAGCUAGAGGUUCAUCUGCGGUUCCACACCUUAUAAGGAAUGGUGACACUUCUCUAUUUUCAGUUCCUAACAACAGGGAGGUAUCUGGAUCUACCGCAUGUUCUUACAGGUCUUCUCUGUCAAAUACUAUCCAGCCGCGUCAUGUGAAAGACCUAUGUGCGCUUUUGGUCACUAAAUCUUUGGAUGUAGCAAAUAAAAGGAGGAAGAGUGAGAAAGACCCUUCACUUGAUCCAGCACUGAGAGAUGCUAAUGAGACUAAUGACUCUCCAGAUUGUGUGCUUGACUCUACUAGAAUGGACGAGAAGCCUUUAUCUCCAGCAACACGUGCAUUGAUGUGUGAUGAUGAGGAUGUGAUCAUAUCAGAGAAAGAGACAUCUGCCGCCCGAGUGAAAACAAGCCAAGAGAAAGAAGAAGACGCAGACACAAGCUCGGAGAGUUUCGUAGAACAAGAAAGACAGAUCUUGUCCAGCUUCAGGGACUUUCUUAUUCAGUUCUCAAACCGUGGGAACAUAAAAGGAAUGAAUAUCAAAACCAAGACAAAUCAGAGUAGAAAGGAACCACCAGAAGAUGAAGAGCAAAGGAAUCAGAACUCAGGUUUAGGGUAAUGCUUAGGAAACGUCUCUGACAAAAACUUUAGCGUCUUAACUCUUUUUAACAUGUGACCAUCUACAUUGUUUUAAAAGCAUCUAUAGGAAGAUCAGAUUAGAUUAAUUAUUGGGACUGUUAGAUUAGUGCUAACUGCAAGGUACUAAGUUUCAUACAUUGGCGUGAAGAUUUUGAGUAACUAGUGUCUGCUUGAAUAAAAUUGUUACCUAA